AUGGACCGAUCAAACAAGCCCUCCGCAAUUGGAGUGGGAGCUUCCCUUCCCCAGCCCACCCUCUCUGUCAAGGACAAUGUCGUCGACGCUUCGUUGCCCACCGGCCAGUCAGAGACCGUGCACCUAUACGGCGCUACUGUGACCUCGUGGAAGACCGGCGGCCAGGAGCAGCUGUUCGUCAGUGAGGCGGCUCAUCUGGAUGGCUCCAAGUCUAUCCGGGGUGGUAUUUCGGUGGUGUUCCCACCGCGCCAUGCAAUGUCUGGAGAGGGUCAUAGUUUACCAUUUUAUGGUCCUAACCUGGAUGCGAGAAAUCGACAGCCGUUUUCAGUUCCCUUGAGUCCUAGGGUUGACCCUUCUGUGCCAUACUCCCAAUCUACAUUUUCGCCAGAGCAGGUCGUUCAGCUUCUCACAAUCCAGCAACAAAACGAACUGGUUCUUUCCCAGACCCUAAUGAGCGUAGGCAACCCUGCAUUUUCACAGGAGUGUGCCUGCGAUUUGUCCGUCGACUCUACGUUCUGCCAAACAGCUUUGAGGUGUAGGAAGUCUUCUUCUUCCAUCGCGGAGCUAGAUUGA